GAGGCGUCGCCGCCGCGCCUGCGCAGUGCUGUUCUGUGCGCGCGGCGGCGGCCGGGCGAGGAAGGAUAUCCGCAGUUGGGGACGGCCGGCCGGGCGAAAGCGCUUGCAGUACUGUCAUGGCGGCUGCCGAAGUAGGGUUAGACGGCGGGGGAGGCGGCGGCGCCGGCCUGAGGCCGGACGCCGGGACGCAACGGGCGGAACUUAUGCCGCUGCUGGGGACGGCGCUGCGGCCGGGAGAGUCGUGGUUCCUAAUUGACAGCCGGUGGUUCAAGCAGUGGAAGAAAUACGUGGGCUUUGACAGUUGGGACUUGUACAACGUUGGGGAACCUAAUCUCUUCCCGGGACCCAUUGAUAACUCCGGGCUUUUUGCAGACUCAGAAGCUCAGACUUUGAAAGAACAUCUCAUUGAUGAGUUGGAUUAUGUGUUGGUUCCUACUGAAGCCUGGAACAAAUUAGUAAAUUGGUAUGGUUGUAUAGAGGGACAGAAACCAAUAGUGAGAAAGGUUGUGGAGUAUGGACUGUUUGUGAAGCACUGUAAAGUAGAAGUUUAUCUUUUGGAGCUGAAGCUAUGUCAGAACAGUGAUCCUGCUAAUCUUAUGAGCUCUUAUUUCAGCAAAGCAGACACCGUUGCUACAAUUGAAAAUGAAAUGCGAAAGCAGUUUAAUAUUCCUGACGGAAAAGAAAUUAGGCUGUGGAGCAGAUACAUGAGUAAUACUUAUGAGCAGCUAAGCAAACUCGACAGUACUAUACAAGAUGCGGGGCUCUAUCAGGGACAGGUAGUGUUAAUAGAAGUGAAGAAUGAAGAUGGUACGUGGCCCAGGCAAUCUCAGACAAAAUCAAGCACUGCAACAAGCAGAAAUCUAGCUACCUCUUCAAAAUCAUCAGCAAGCUCUUGCUCCUCUUCAACCAUUACAAAUGGUGAUAGCAAUAACUCCUAUAGUUUGAACUGCUCCAGCCUUGGCAAAGGAGGUUCUAGCUUUUCCUGCAACUCCUACAACAACAGGGAGAGCCCUCCACAGUCACAGCCUGGUCUCUGUGGGCUCAGUAACCUAGGAAAUACAUGCUUCAUGAAUUCAGCUUUACAGUGUUUGAGUAACACCCCUCCACUGACUGACUAUUUCUUGGAAGAUGAGUAUGAAGCUGAAAUAAAUCAGGAGAAUCCUCUGGGAAUGAGAGGAGAAAUUGCAGAAGCAUAUGCAGAACUCAUCAAACAGAUGUGGUCUGGGAGAAAUUCUCACGUGGCCCCCCGCAUGUUCAAAACCCAGGUUGGCCGCUUUGCUCCUCAGUUUUCAGGGUACCAGCAACAAGAUUCCCAAGAGCUCCUGGCCUUUCUUUUAGAUGGUUUACAUGAGGAUCUAAACAGAGUAAAAAAGAAACCUUACUUGGAGUUGAAGGAUGCUAAUGGGAGGCCUGAUUCGGUGGUAGCAAAAGAAGCUUGGGAGAAUCAUCGAUUGCGUAAUAACUCUAUAAUUGUAGAUAUUUUCCAUGGUCUCUUCAAAUCCACAUUGGUCUGCCCCAAAUGUUCUAAAGUUUCCGUGACUUUUGACCCUUUUUGCUACUUAACCCUUCCAUUGCCCUUGAAGAAAGAUCGAACCAUGGAGGUUUUCUUGGUUUUUGCAGAUCCACAGCGCAAACCUACUCAGUACAAGGUAAUUGUGCCAAUGAUGGGGGCUGUAUCUGACCUGUGUGAUGCACUCUCAAAAUUCUCCGGGGUUCCUGCAGAAAAUAUGGUGGUGACAGAUGUUUACAAUCACCGAUUCCACAAAAUUUUCCAGAUGGAUGAAAGCUUAAGUCAGAUUAUGCCAAAGGACAACAUCUUUGUAUACGAAGUUUGUAAGUCAACGGAAGAUGGUGCUGAAUGCAUCACUCUUUCAGUUUACUUCAGAGAAAAGAAAGCAAGACAAUCCAGUGCUGCUCCGGGGACUGUUCUCUAUGGGCAACCACUACUCAUAGCUAUACCCAAACACAAGCUUACCCUAGAUCACUUGUACAAUGUUAUAUUGGAGCGGAUUAGUCGCUAUGUAAAAGUUUCCUUAAAAGAAGAAUGUUCUGAAGGAUGUCCAGAUAGUGAGAAUUGCAAUGGCUCCAGUAGUGUGUCUGAAGGUGAUGUUGAAGAAAUGGAACAUCAGAAUGGAGAGGAAGACAGUAAGGAGAAAAUAUCAGAAACAGAUGCCUGCAAAUCAGAGGACUGCAUCCAGGAUGACCUGGAAAAGGAAGGCCUGCAUCACAGAAGGCAUCUCUUUAGCUUCAGUCUUGUGAACUCUUAUGGAACAUCAGAAAUAAACUCCCUUAACACAGAUGGGAAAAUCCUCAAGUUGAGUUCUCAUGCAACUCUUGCUAUUGAUUGGGAUUCUGACACCCGAAAGUUGCUUUUUGAUGAACAUGAGGCACAGGCAUUUGAAAAACACAACAGUAUGUUUCAGCCACAGAAGAAGAAAACUACCGUAGCUCUGAAAGAUUGCAUAGAACUGUUCACUACUAUGGAAACACUUGGUGAACAUGAUCCAUGGUACUGUCCCAAUUGCAAGAAACAUCAACAAGCCACUAAGAAAUUUGAUCUCUGGUCACUUCCACGUAUUUUAGUUGUACAUUUAAAACGCUUCUCAUAUAACAGAUACUGGAGGGAUAAGCUUGACACUGUGGUUGAAUUCCCUAUCAGGGAUUUGAACAUGUCUGAGUUCGUUUGUGACCCGGCAGCAAGCCCAUACGUGUAUGACCUCAUUGCUGUUUCCAAUCACUAUGGAGGCAUGGGUGUUGGCCACUAUACUGCAUAUGCUAAGAAUAAAGUGAAUGGCAAAUGGUACUACUUUGAUGACAGCAGUGUGUCUCCAGCAUCCGAAGAUCAAAUAGUGACAAAAGCGGCAUAUGUCCUCUUCUACCAACGUAGAGAUGGCAUGCUCAAGGGAAACCCCGCUCCUUGCAUAAGCACUGAGCUGAAAUCUGAGGAAUGUGAUGGCAUGGAUACCAACUGAACCUAUGUGGUGGGGUUUAAACAAGUCAUAUUGCUAAUUUUAAAAGGCAUCCAAGAACUGAUUUUUGUAAGAAUCAAACAGGAGUUUCAGUACAGAAGGACUCAAUGAGCAGUAACUAUGGAUAGCAUAGGGAAGCAAUAAGAUGUCAAGGACUUGGGUAUAUCAUAGCCAAAGAGCUUUUAAACAAAUAGUUAUUCAAUAAAGUGUUAUCUAAAUCUGACUGUGUAGUCUGGCAGAAACUGUGGAAGCAGGAGCUAUGCUGUAUGACUGGAGCAAUGUAUGAAAGUGGGGCUGUCUUGCAAGAGGAAACAACAUUUGACUGUAAGUAGAACUCUGGUUUGAGCUCUAUGCAUUGCAGAAGAUGCCUGAGUGCUUGUGUUUCCAGAGUAAAAGAGAAGUGAACAUUUGGCACAAGUUCCAAUCUUGCACAGCACAUUUUGGCACUAUGUUCCUGUCAGUCCCUUGCUGACAUGGCAUGGUGAGCUUGUGUGUGCUUUUAAUAAAAAGAGAAAAUUGCAUAUUUGUUCUGGCUCAUUGUAUCCCAUACAGGAGUCACAAUCCCCACAUUUUCUUGUUGCGUGCUAAUAAAACAAUUAUUUAGGAUCCGUCCCAAAGAUUAACUCUCCCCCACCCCCAGCCUUUCCAGCAGCAGUACUCAUGGGGCCUAUUCUUCACACCAACUCACAUGAAGACUUAUAUGCUCUGAGUUUCUUCCUGAUCUAGUUGGUAACUUACAUAUUGUGCAAUCACAAGGUUUCUUUAUUCAAGUGUCUCAUUGGGGAGCUAAAAUAACUUUCCCUGGUAGUUUUUGAAAUUCCGCUGUCAACUGUCUUCUAUUUCUCUGCACUUUCAGCCACACCAUGAAAAGUUCAGAGUCCAUCUCUUGAAGGCUGCAUAGGAAUCAGUGUCCAGUGGCAUAUGUCCUUUUGGGUGGUCUCAGACACACUAUUUUUCUUUCUAGCCAUUUCAUUUCUCUUUUUGUAAUCUUCUGCUAUCCUCAUACCUCCUUAGUAUUUUUUUCUCAUUGGCUGAGAGAUGGCAAGAGUAAAUGUUGUUUGACUUCUUCCUACCCACAGCCUCCUCCACGGAGGAUGAUAGACAAGAACCUAGGAAAGGAGCUUUCAGGUAACGCCGUGGAAUUCCCAUGCACACUGCUAUGACACCUUAAGGCAUUUUCCAUUUAGUGUCAUGGCUUUGAAACUACCUUGGCACCUGUGUAAAGGUGUUUCACUUUUGUGCUCUGAACACAUUCCCACGGAUUCCCUUCAGCAAACUAAGAAAUAUUCCUCUCCCAGACUGCUUCUGUGCUGAUCUAUAUCAGCAUGACGUCAGGCAAGUGGUAGCCAGUGGCAUCGUCAGGCCACAUCAUUUUAACAGAACUGAUUAAAAGUGAUUGUGUUCUUUUUAACCUACAGAGCAGAAGAGUCCUCAUUGCUGUCAGCUGCAUUUUGCUCACUAUCUUCCAGUGAUUACUAUUGCGUUCUCCAGGAUAGUCCUUUUAAACACUGAAAUUUGAGUUGUUUUGUUCAGUUGCUAAUGCUUCCAGGUUCUUUAAUUGAUUUGAGGUCUUGUCUCAACUGGAUAUUAUUUUCCUGCACACUUGGGUUGGUGGGUGGGGUUAGGGCUGGAAUUAUUUAAAGGCUAAGUUCAAACUGUAGCAUUGCACUGUUUUGUUUUUUCCUGUUUUUCUGGGUUAUAUUUACUUUGGAAUGUAACAUUUGGACAGAUAAGGAAACAGGUAUUUAAAAGCAAAGAGCAAUUUAAUGUAACCAUAUGUAUUUCUGUUCCAUACUGUUGCAGCAAUCUUUUCACUGCUCUGUAUGGUCAGAUAGUGUGCACAUUUGUGUUUGGGUGAUUUUUGGGCUCCUGAACUAAAUUUCUUCUAAAUGCUGUAAAGAUGGUAUUAGGAACCUGGAUUUGCCUCUGACCAGGCUGGAUCCUAGCUGGUGUGUACAUUCUGUAUAGUGUCAAAAUCUGUUUUUAGACUAGCACUUUGUAAGUGACUGGCUUUACUGUAUAAAAGGAAAAAAAAUUAAAAAGGAGUGGAUUGCA